AUGGGUCACAACUCUACUACCUCUGGCUUGGCCCAAGUGCCUGCCAAAGCUCCCGCGCCCGCCAACGGCACCUCUACCUCGUCGGCUGGCGAUGCCUCUUCUGGAUACGAGUCCAGCGUGUCUUCUUUCGAGAACACAUGCAACAAAAACCGUAGCCUGAAGUGCACCAAGGCCUGUUGCAAAGGCAAGACCAAGACUAAAGACCGCCGCGUCAAGAUCGUAACGUCCAGCGACGUUGAAUCCUCCGAAAAUGCAGAGGAUGCCAAGUCAGCUGAAGAUGAAACCACUGACGUCGCCUCUACCGACCUCGAGACUGCGGUCAAGUACACCAAACCUUCUAUUGAAGACCCUAACUGGUCUAUUUCUGAAGACUAUCGCCUCCGAGCUAUGAAGGAGGCGGGUGAGUCUUGGAAAUUUAUCACAGAUUCUCUUUGCAAAUCGAAGAAUGAUGUUCGAGCUCGCUGGAAGAUCCUUCAGAGCCAGACCAUCGCUUCAAAGGCCGCAUCUGAGCCCGAGACCGGCGAAGCUACUACUGAGCCCGAGACUGGUGAAGCUACCACUGAGCCUGAAACUGGCGAUGCUUCUACCGAAUCCGUUCGUGCUGCCGCCGAGGUAGCCAGCGGUGACGAAACCACCUCCGGAGCCAAGACCAGUGACCGUGAUGAAGAGUCCGAGGAGUCUAGCGAGGAUGAGGGCGAGAACGAAGACACCGACGACGCUGAUGAGCAAGUCAAAGACACCGAAAAACACUCCAACUCCGUCCCAAACUCAAAGGGCAAAACUCACACCAAGACCAUUGUCAACAACAAGUGGCACCGAGGUACUCGCAACCACAAGGUAGCCAUCGAGAACAAGUGGGCAAAGGCCCGCGCUAAAGCGAAGGCCCAGGACAACGAUGAAUCUCCCAUGGAGUCAGGCCAGGAAGCCUCUGACGGCUUAUCCGAAGUAUCCUCACGCCUCGAAUAUGUCGAUCCGGAGAAACGUGAACAGAUGAAGUAUCUCCAUGACGAGAUCUAUCAGGAGAUGUACCCCGCGGACAUUCACCCUCAGCCAGAUGCAUAUCUGAACGAACGUGACUGCGCCCUGCUUUCAACCAUUGAUAGCAAGUACAAGCGAUCUCGUUGGCUUGAGAUGCAAGCUAAUUUUUAUAAUGUCACUGGUCGGAUGGUGCCACUCGAGGCAAUUCGAGACAGAUGCGAGCGUGCAGAGGCCGAGAAGGAAGCGCGCUCCGAGGCCCGGAAGCUCCAGAGACGCAUCGAGAAAGUGGAAAACUGGAUGGAUGGUCAGUUUAGCCGAGAGUGA